AUGGCGCGAUUAAGGCUCCUGCGAGCUUCGAAACAAGCCGCAGUGUUCGCCCUGGGAGCAACGGCCGCGACCCAAGUCCACUCGUUUCCCUCACCAUUCCGUACAGUUUAUGCAGAAGCUCCCUCAAAGGACCAGCUCCCUGAUAAGAAACCCAUAUACUCCGACUUCCCAGUUGCACCAACUGUUCCUGAGCCCUCCCCUACAUCUCCCGUCUCCAAACCGAACCCGCACUCACCCACGCCUACCGACCGACUCACAGAGCAAGUUAAAAAAGCCCGGUUGUUUCUGUACGACAAGUCUCUCGCCGCCGAAACAUCCUUCAACAAAUUCUUGUCCUGGGCAUUCCGUAAGGAAACAGACUUCAGCAACACCAUUGCUUCAUUGGCCCCGGCUCCCGAGACCGGAGAACAGCUCCUUCCUGGAGCUAUAUACGUGUUGGUAGCGACACUUACCGGCUCCAUAGUGACCCGAAACCGAGGGAUCUUCUUGCGGACGACCUUCCCGCUCGCUGUGGGUAUUGCGGCGGGCUGGUACCUUAUCCCAGUGACGAUGCGGAACACCUCGGACUUGAUCUGGGAGUAUGAGAAAAAGGUGCCUGCCGUCAGUGAAACCCAUGCUCAAAUAAGUGGAUAUGCAAAAGAGGCGUGGAGGCAGACGAGGCUGCAUACGAAAUUUGCCACGGACUGGGCCGAUGAGAAGGCGACCGAGGCUAGGAAAACUGUCGAGGACUUGGUUUCGAAAGGCAAAUAA